GGCUUCCGGUAAAAGUAAGGGAUAACAAAAGGUCUCGCCUGGAGGAAAAAUACUUCACUCUCAAGAGUAGCCACAAAAAUGGAUUACUUAUAAAAUCAACCAAGUAUUGGUUAUUGUAAGGUAAUAAGUGUGUGUGUCUCCCUACUCGACAGUGAUACCACUAUUACACUUUUAAUUAUUUUAUAAAGAAACUGCGGCCACAGUGAGCAACUCUAUCUUAGAUCUUAGUCUUAAUAUUGAGACUAUUUUUUUGACACUAUUCAUUGACAGUUUCAGUUUGACACAAUCAAUGACAAUGUUUUUCAUUAAUUUGUAGUCAGUCUGAGUCUCUCCCUCAAGGGAAAAGGAACUACCGCUGGCCUGACCGCUCAAACUAUCGGUUUUGGGGAAAGGUCUGAAAAUAUUUUAAAACUGGACCUCCAGUAUUCCUUCACGUUCUCUUUCAUGUUUUAAGAGUGGUUAUUUCGUGUCCAUUCUUAAGUUGUAUUAUUCAAGAAUAAAUCAAUAAUGAUAAUAAUUAUUGAUAUACACCCUUUCUCUGUCACCUGAGACUGAGUGUAAAGUAAGUCUAAACUCUACUUUUAACUAAGAAGAGUAAGGGCUGCUAAUUAGUAACUAAUACUCUACAGGCAACUCGGACUCGGUACUGGGCUGCCCAUUGAACACGCAGCACACUGCCAGUGUCACUGGUAUAGGCCUGAUGCCGAUGUGCCGCCUAUUGGUGAUAUAUUACAAUAAAAUUGUAUAGAUACUUCGGUAAAUCAAGGGAGACUAGUACUUUUUGUGUAACGGAAUUGGCAAUCGGCGCAGAAAAAUCUGAGUUUUUAUUUUUCCGAUGUGUAUGUCUAUUUAUUAUUAAAUGAGUACUUUCGACAUAUAUUUGAGUUCUGUUUCCGGCCUUAUAUUUUGAUAGACAUCUUGGCCUAUAUUUUAAUAAAUUUCUUUUUCAUUUACAAUCAGUCAGCUUUGAGAAAAUCCUUGGUAAAUAUAAGCCAACUUUCAUCAUUAAAAUUAAGUCGCAGUAAAAGAUUUGUCACUACCAAAUUUUUUUUUGCAUCUGGGGAAUGUAUUGAUCUACAUGUAUGCCAAUUUUCAUAGUGAUAUGUUAUUUACGAGAGACGGCAUGUUUCUACGCGUUCGCAGCAGGUCAUGCAGUUUGCUCAACCUAAUUUCGCCAUGGGGUGGGCCACGCCCCCUUUUUAAUGGCGGAAGUUGCAGAUACUUAGGAAAUAAUAAUUUAUUACCACUAUUUACAUCAAAAUAUUUGAUAACUUGUGUUUCAGAAUGCAUUUUGAAGACAUUUAAACUGGAAUGUUUUAAUUGAGCUUUAACAACCCGGUAGAGUCCAUAUUAUAAAUGAUCAGAAUUUACGGUGUGCAACACGUUGUCAUUGGCAACCAUUCACAUUCACUUGCAUAAUGGCUGUAUUGUAUUACUACCUCAGAGUUUUAUUCAUAAGAGUUUGCCGUGUGCAAAAACUAUUAUACCAUUGGUCAGGGAAAGCUUUAAUUAAUUAUUCAUGUGCCAAAGUUGAAAGUUUAAACUAAGUCGACCCUAAACUGUAUUUUAGUGAUAAGGCGAUGCAUUGCCUUAUAUUUAUAUAAAGUAUAUAGUCAUUGCGCAUGACGCGAUCAGCGGAAUGAGGUCACAAGAUGUGGAGGUUUCGUCCAUAGUUAAAAAUACCAAACGAACUCACACUUUAAAAAUUCGUAGCUCAAAAAGUACUUAAGCUAAAAAGUUGUUUCUGGUUUCAUUUUUUUAUUUGAAAUUUGCUCUAACUGUGUUAUUAAAAAAAUUAUUUCAAAAGUACCUAAAUUGUAUUAUGGCCUCGUUUUAUUUUUUAUUUAUAUAUUAUAUAACUUUACUCUAAGUCUAAGAGUCUAAGACUCUAUUAAAAUUCUUUUAUGGUCUAGCUAAGACUACUGCAAGAUCUAAGUGCAGAAGCUAAAAAAAGACGGAUUAGUCCUAACUCUAACUAACUAGUUAAACUAGGCCAAAAUCUUAUUUUUUAAAAACAUUGCCCUUAAGCCUUUUGUGGGACUUCACAUAACAUUUUCAUGGCUGAGCCUGCCUGAGAAGCGGCUGGCAAUGUCUUCUAUGGUAUAUAAUGAUACAUACCAUAGAUCUAUAGUCACUGUGUAGGUAAGGCAUACUUCUCAGAUUUACUACCGGCAAUCAUUCCUAUCUAUAUUCAAAAGAUUCGGAUUUUGAACUCUGUGCCUAUCUGAUACUGGUGUCACAAAUGACUGGGGCAGGGGUUAACAACAGAGCUCCAUUGUUCUUCAGAUAAGUUAUGGGGUGGACGGAAAUUGUGAUGGGGAGGGGGGGGGGGAUUGUUAGGCGCACAGGGUAGGGUUAAUAGAUUCUCGUUUCUUUUAGAUUAGGAGGAUUUUUCUUGCCAAAAUAUUAUGUCUCGGGCCUUCCAGACUUCGCGUUAUAAUUUUGAUGUUAACGACGGAAGUUCCUAAUUGAGAAAUUAGAGGGGUAUGGAUGGGUUAAUAGCUAGCAUUCCUGGACCACCUAGGGAGGUAGAGAAUCGUAUAUAAGAUAGAAAUCAUUGUGACAUAGGAGAGUUAGAGAUUUUUGGACAGUGAUUAUGAAGUUUUAGACGCAGCGGUACUAGGUAGUCAAGAUAGACUUAGGGAUAGACAGCCAAGAGUUAACAGAUAGAAAGGAGACAUUGCUGAAAUCAUAUUAUAUGGAUCAAUACAUUUUUUUAUUAUAACUGUUAAUGAGGAGUUGCUUGGUCAUUUAUUAGUGUUCUGUGUUUUCUUAUUUGUACUUCUCAACGCCUGGACUAGUGAACCAUCACAGAGAAGAGCGGCCCCGUAUUAAUCACACCAACACAAAUACCACUUGGUACAUGACCAUAAAUACGGGCAAUACCAUCUGAUCUGUGACGUCUUAUCCACACAACGCUUUUUUUUUUGCCUUGAAAGUAAGGAGAGGAGUCUUUUGGAGAUAUCAAAAUUUUAAUUUUGCAUCAAAUAUUCUGUUAGCUUUUAUUCCCAUAGCCUUAAUCAUGGGGGCACUCCUGUGGCUGCAAAGUAAUUUUGUGGAUUGGCCUCUGGGCUGGGUCCCACACUAAUGGCUAUAAAGGUGGGGCCUUGGGGCGUGAUUCUUUGUAAGAUGCUGUCACGAGCUAUGCUGUAACGUUUCAGCAGUUCUAUGCUUUGGUAAUUGUGAGUUAUUCUUCUACUUUCUUUUUGUCUAAAAGCCUUCAGGAAUUUUUAAGACAAUUGUUUGUUCAACUUUGUGCCUUAAAAUGUUGACAAUGACUAAGAUUUUGUGAAUCCAUCUCUUCCAAUGCUUAAAAUUUAAAAACAGGCUAAAUUCUUCAUGUCCUAAAUUGAGUUUUUGCUAGAAUAUUUUUGACACAGACACACUUUGUUUUAUCAAUGUGGGCUUAUAAUCCUUGCACAUGCCCAUUAUUAAAAGGCUCACAAAGAGCGAGAUCUAUAUUUUCAAGUUCAUCAAAUCUUUUCAUAUUGUUUUCAAAAAUAUUCUACAACUUAAAAUAUUAUGACCUAAGUCUUUGUUCUUGUGGACUCAGAAAAAGUAAAAACACCACAUAUAAGUGUUUUAAUUGAUGUCCAGUUUGUAAGACUAGUAACAUCCGUUGGAAACACAAGUGAUGAACUUCGGAGCAAAUCCACAGCAACUUUUACUUAAUCAGCAACUUUUACUUACAAUCAAUGGUGCAACCUCUAGCCCUCUUGAUCUCACAUCCCCCUCCCAUACACCCACACACACACUCAGUUGCGAAAACCUCAUUCAUAACUUGUGAUUAUACUAAGGUCUACAGAAUUAGUACUGGGACCACCAUACUUAAUCAACUUCUAAUGCUUACAAAUAAUAUAAUGAUAAAAAAACCAUCACACAUCCAACUGUUACCCUCUCAAAGACAUAAAUGUUUAUAUGAUUGAAUACAUGAAUUAUAAUUGAACUUAAAAGCUUUCCUUGUUCAAGAGGACAGUGCGGUUGGAUAUAUAUGAUAUAUGUAAUAAAGCAUUAUCUUUAAAAAAACAACUUUGAAGUGUGUUUUAUUUAGAGUUCUUGAACUGGGGCUUAAAAUUUAAGGGAAUAGUGGUAACUAGGUAUGUGGAAGCUUAAAAUACUGUAGUUCACAAUGCUAUGAAAAAAUUGAUUAUUUUUCUCUACGAAGUUAGGUUUCAUAAAAGUACAGUCAAAGGACAAGAAAAAUGGAAUUUUUCCUGUAUAUUAACCCUCGAACUGUGGUCGGCCGACAUUCUCGUUCAGUGCUGUAGCGGUCGAAAAAUUUGGCCGAUAAAAAAACACGGUUGGAUAGCAACUUCCAAUCCAAUAUUUAACCGAAAUCGUAGCCAUUUUCUUUUAUUAAUAACUAAAUCAAAUUCCGGGCCAAGCUGUUUCUUGAUAACUUAACAAUAAUUACUUUUUAAUAGGAAUUUUAUAUCGCUGUUUUUGUUAAAGUGAAAAUGGCGGAAGCUAUGGCCGGGCCUUCAGUGCGAGAACUAAUAUAAAUAUUUUUGAAAGCUUUUUAGGAGAGGAUUUAAGUGAUACUGAUGAUGAUUUUAACAUUCCCCAUGACAUCUCACUUCAGAUUCUGAUACUGAAGUAGGCUCACUGAGGCUACUGUUUGACUUCGAGCCAGGCUUGGAGGUUGGGCAAGGACUGACUGAAUUUUAGUCACAGAAGCUACAGAUUACAGAUCAGAACUAAUAAAUUUUAUAGUUUAACAACCCAAAUCAGUUCCACAGUUCCUUUUUAAAUGUUUACUAGUCAAUAAUAACUUUUUUGCCUAAGAUUUUGUAUUUUGUACUUGGUUUUAGCAGUGGUCCCAGUUUCUUAUAUAAAUGACCUAAAAUUACUAAAAUUGCUUUCAGAUGUGUAAUUGCAAUCAAAACCUUAGCAAACUAUACAUUUUCUUAUAGAUAAAUGAAUUGGCUACAACAUUUAGAUUUAUUUUUUAAGUGUACCGGGGUAUCUAUAAAAAUUAAUGAUGUCAUGAGCACUUGAAUGCAAGACAUUUUGUCGAUUUUUAUUUUCUUGAGAACUCGAAGGUCAAGGACAUGGAGCAAAUAAAUUUUUCAGGGUGGGCAAUAUGGCCAACUUUAUCCCCAUCCAUUUACCUUUCUAAAAAUAUAUACUUAUAGGGGUCUUGUAUCCAUAUUUCUAUGUCAUUUAAUGCAAUUUCAAAAGACACUCAAAAAGCUCUGAAAAGCUCCACACCACAGAAUGAUGCAUGCCACAGUUCAAGUGUUAACUUAUUUUUGGUGUGUUUGGGGCAAAAUCUUCAGAUGGCUAAUUGACCCGAUUCCUGUCAACCAGUCAGGCUGAAACUUGGCACAGACUCAUUGCCAAUAACAACACAUUAUAUCAAAUUUUUAGCCCCACCCCUGACCCCCAAAAAUCUAUUUUUAUCUGUUUUUCAAGGGGAAGAUGAAGGAAAUAUGAUGCCACUGAUUUCACAGAAUUAAAUUCCCAUUAAAUAACUGUGCUAAAUGAAAUUCUUUUUUUUUUUCUUUCUUUUUAUAUUGCAAUUGUGUAAUUUUUUUUUUUUUUUUUUUUUUUUUUUUUUCAUUUUUUUUUUUUUUUUUUUUUUUUUUUUUUUUUUACUAAAAAGUUGGUGAAAUAAAUCUGCCGUGUAAAAGCGGGUGGGACAUCAGAAUAUUAAGAUAACAUAUACCGGUACCAGAUUUAUAAAAAAAAAUGUGUUUUUAGUGGUUGUUUGAUUAUUGUCCUGUUCUUUUAUUUCAAGCCUAGUUUCUCUGUUUCUUUUAAAUAGCUUUAAUGAAGUCCUUUUUUUAUUUACUUGAAAAUUUAACAUUAUUUAUCACAUAUUGCAGCUUUAAAAUAAUAAUUUUUAAUUUAUUUAUUAUCAGUUUAAAAGUUUCUUUAAUUUUUUUUUAUGCAGAUCAUCAGAUAAGUUGAUCCUGCAUAAAGAAAGUCUGACUGACAAUGGCUUCACCAUCAGUUGGUAAUAAUAUAUCCUCUCCUCUUUCUAUUAUUUUUUUUAAGCAUGGCAUAUUUUAACAUGGUAAAUAUCUAGAUAUAUAAAAAAAAAUUUAAACUUGAUAAAAGCAAGGAGGGCAACAUUGUAACAGGAAAUUUGACCUUGGUUUUGUGAAAUUCUUGUUGUUUUUUAACUUAUGCAUCAUUUUUCUGGUGAGAUAGAAUUUGUUGCAAUCUUCAGUGAGUUCUUAAGGUGGUGAUCAGAGGUUUUAAUUCUAAUUUUACCCUUCACUUCAUCCCUUUCACACAUGACAAUAGUUUCUCACAAAGAAAAAAGAAGUCCCAUGAAAAAGGCUUGAUAAUGCCAUAUUUUUUUCUAUUUAUGAAGAUAGGUCUCAUAAAAUUCCAUUCAAGGGUCAAGCACAUUUUUUUCAGUUAAAGUUGAAUGCUGCACUGCAUUUUUCCCAUAAUGCAAACAUAACAUACUCUUGUCAUUUCUUUUUCUUCUAUAUCUUAAGGGCCCACAAUCAAUGUAAUUGAUCAUUCUGGCUCCUAUUUAUUUGCUAGUAUACCAACUUAUAUAUGAUUUAUCUUGACAUUGUUUUCAAAUUCAAAACAGUUACAAAAUAUUGCACCAUAAUGUUAAAAGGAAAUAAUUUUGGACCACUGGUUCAUUUGGCUUAAAUUUAUUAAUCAGUCAAAAUAAGAAUGACCUAGUUUCUAUAAAUAAUUAAUUACUUAAAUUAAAAUUUACUAACUCAAAUUUUAAUUCCUGCAGGUUUGACAUCACCAGAUAUGUCUGACGUUGUUGAGGACGCUACAAGCCCACUUACAAUGAAUGCUACUGCAUUAUCUACACCGGUACCUAUCACUCAACCACAAAGGGCUGUAUCAAAUGUUUACACACCUUUACUAACAUCCACCAGGUCAUCUACCUGUCAGCCACCCUUGCUCUCAGAUUCAUCAUCUAGCAAUACAUUUAAAAUCUCUCAGAACGAUUCACAAAAACCUUUAACACUGGGUUUGAAAAAGAACACUGGCAAAUCUCCACCAAUGAUGCAGAAUACUCGGGUGCAAAGAUCAUCAGUAAGGCCAUUUUUUUGUUGUGGCAGUGAGCUGUCUCUUGUAAGUUUAGUAGAUGGUUUGGAGUUGACGGACUCGUCUUCAAAGGAUAAAAAGUUCAAUAGUAUUGAAUGUAACAGUUCAUCAGAUGAGGAUGAAUCGGCAGAAAAUAGUUUCUCAUCCCAUAAACUGAAAACCGCACCGAAAGCUCUUGGCGUUGCGUCUAACGUGGAAGGCCGUCCCACUAUGAUGAGAAGGAAGAAAAAGGACAAACUUGGUGCAAAGAAAAAGUUUUGGGGGUUGCGAUUUCACGGACGAUGGAACCCUCGCUGGAGAGUUCCUCAGCCCCAGCGUUCAUCUAGUCAUCGCUGUGAGCUAGCCUACCAUGGAUCUGGCUGUCAAGGAACCUACCAAACAUCUGGCUCGCCUGGAUCAGGAAGAAGAUCACCCCGUGCUAGGCCAGUCUCUGUCGCAAGUCAACUAAUUGACUUGACCUUUGUGGAUUUUGACAGAUUAUAUCCAACUGAAGAUAUUGAUGCGAUACGAAAAAGAGAGAGAGCAGAGGAGAUGGCGACUGGGGUAGAAGUGGAUCCUAACAUUUUACCCAGGGUUUUUCAUCCCAGUUUUGAGAUAUCCGGACCCAUGCUUAGUAUGGUACGUCGGCGUCGAUUGGCCUCAGGUAACUCGGAUAUAAUAAUCUCGUUGCCUGAGUCUCCUGCAGAAGAUUACUCGCUCCUGAUGAACAACAUGGUUUGGCAGUGGCAAGAGCAUGUGGGAUCACCUGCAGUGUCAGAUUCCCCACAGAUUCAUACACAAGUCGAUUUCAUACACUGCCUUGUGCCGCAUCUAGUCAACAUCCUAGCAUGUCCUUUCUACUGGGGUGUAAUGGAUAGAUAUGAGGCAGAGCGCUUGCUAGACAAUAAGCCUGAAGGCACAUUCCUUCUCAGAGAUAGUGCACAAGAAGACUUCCUUUUCUCUGUCAGCUUCAGGCGUUAUAAUAGAUCAUUACAUGCCAGGGUAGAGCAGUGGAAUCACAGGUUUAGCUUUGAUGCUCAUGACCCAGCAGUUUUCUCCGCUCCUUCUGUGUGUGAGCUAAUGGAGCACUACAAAGAUCCCUGCUGCUGUAUGUUUUUUGAACCUAUGUUGACCCGUCCUCUUGCACGAAACUUUCCAUUUUCUUUGCAACAUGUUUGUCGUGCAGCUAUAUGUGACCGUUUAAAAUAUGAUCAAAUUCGCACCUUGCCUCUGCCCAACAGCUUAAAGCAAUUUCUUCAAGUGUAUCAUUACAAGCAAAAAGUCAGAGUAAGGGUUUUUGAUGGUCCCCAGCCUGUCUUUCCAUCAACCAGUUUAGUAUUUUAGAUUUUUGGAUUGUCUUGUUGAGUUCAAGGGCCUAGUGUAAAAGUAAAAGGCCAGAUAGAUGCUUCAUUUUACAUGUUCUGUAAAUAUGUAAACUUAAAAUAACUUAAAUUAUAUAGUUUAAAGUACAUUUUUGAAAAAUAAUAAUCAAUCAGUGUUUAAGAAUCAUACACAUACAUGCAUGCAGAUUUUUAGUAACAAUGAUGCAACCAUUAAAGCUACCGGUACAUAAAAUAUUUACUGUUUAGCUCUCCAGUUCAAUCCUUUGCUUUUCAUGCUUCUCACUGAGUGUUCUGAUUUUUUUGUAUACCCUGGUAUUAUAUUAUGACUUAAAGUUCAUAAUAGAAAGAAGGGAGAAAUUUUUUUUUAAAGAGUUGAGUUAAUGAAUUCACAUAAAUAUGGUUAUUAUUGUUACGGUACCUC